CAUAGUGUAGUUUGAGGAUCGUGCACGAAGUUGCACGACGUAGUGAAAACGCAUAACUGCAACUUUGCGACUUAACAUUCAUUAACAAUAGCAGCAUUUCAUCAGAAUCAUUCGACUUAUCCAAGGAAAAGUUUAUUCUUUGAAAAUGGACAUCAAGAAUCUCCAAGAAUUCAUGGAAUUAAUUGGAAAACUAAAGCAUAUGAAAAGGACAGGAUGGGUCAUCAGAAAUGUUCCUGAUCCAGAGACAAUUGCAGGUCACAUGUAUCGGAUGGCCAUGCUGUCUUUUUUAGUGGAUAAUGAAGAAAACUUAGAUAAAGUCAAAAUCAUGCAGAUGGCUUUAAUUCAUGACUUGGCAGAGUGCAUUGUUGGGGAUAUAACACCUCAUUGUGGAGUCCCACCUGAUGUGAAGCAUAGGCUAGAAGAUGAAGCCAUGGACUAUAUUUGCAAACUCUUGGGAGACAAAGGGCCUGUAAUAUUGGAAAUGUUUAGGGAAUAUGAAAGACAAGAGUCUCCUGAAGCAAUGUAUGUGAAGGAUCUGGACAGAUUAGAUUUAAUUAUGCAAGCAUAUGAAUAUGAAAAGAGAGACAAUGUACCUGGCGAAUUGGAGGAGUUCUUUGUAGCAACAAACGGCAAAAUAAGACAUCCUUGUAUAAGCAGAAUUGCAUCUGGAAUCAACGCGGUUAGAGACGCUUUCUGUCGCAAUUCAAACCAUUAACCUAGUUCAGAUUUUAUAUGUUUAAUUCUUUAAGUUCCACGGGUGUCAUAUAUAAGCCAUAGUGAUAAGUUUUGUUGUACAGUAACUGUGGAAGGCAUUAGAGAAGUAUCGAUAUUACUUUUAUGUG